ACAGUCCCUCCCGCUUUUCACUUAGCUAGAGUUUCUCCUUGCAGAUAACAUUAGUCUCCAUUAUGGCGAUACCGAUGGCAACGGUGUGGCGCUGACCGCUGGUGCGAGGAAGGAAACAACUGGACCGCUUUGCUAGCUAGCCAGCUAGCCGUAUAUGCUAGAAGAAUGUAACUGUACGAAGUUAACCAGCUACGUGAGUGUCUGGCGUUCUUCGUUUUAGUUUCAUUUGUAUUUAUUUUAUAAAGUAGAAUUCGCUACGUAGCUACAAUAUUUUUCCACUUGCGGAGGAUGGAAGGUGCGCGGUCUGUGGUGUUAGGGGGAAACAGGUUGGCAGAGGAUGAUUCAUUGAAGACGACGGUCGGGACGGGGACAAACGACUCGGAAACGGGCAAAAUAAGUGCCAUUAAGUUUAUGAAGCCCAACGGUGGAUUGUCCACCGCUGGGAACAGAGCGGCAGUGGACGGUUAUGAUGGCGGAGGCGGGGAGGCAAAACCGGAGAGCGAGGGGCUAGCUGUCCCUUUUCAUGUUGCGAUAAGCAAUGGAAAUCACCAAAUCCAAGCUGCUGGCGUUUCUGAAACGACCGCCGCGAAUAAUUUCACAGCGAAAACAUCCAGGAAUGCCGGCAAUUCAUCCGGCAGCAGCAACAUCAACUCGCUGCUGCUGAGAAGGCGGCGACUGAAGAGGAAUUUCUCAGCCGCAGCCACAACUUCUGCGACCUCGUCGGCCGCCUCAUCGGGCGGCAAGAUGCACACCGCCGCUUCGUCCUCGUCCCUCGGCACCAGGAGCCUGGAUAGAAAGGUGCUACUGAGACAGCGGCAGAUGAUGCAGCUACAGCCCUCGGACAGGGAGUGGGUGCGGGCCGAUCUACAGCGGGGGUGCAUACACGUGCAUGACAGGGCCAUGCCCCCCUACCUUAGGCCCGUGUUAUGUACGUUGGAGACGACCGCUGGAGAAAUUGCGCACCGACUCGGCCAACUUGGGAGCAAAGGAGGGUCAGUGGUGAGAGUGGUUGGUAAAGGGGGCCCUGCGACUGACUUCAACGGCAAUUGCAGCGGGAGAUACGGCUUCGGUGAUGCCCACCACAGGCUAAACGAGAACGGCGGCGUUAAGUCUCACGGUUUAGAUUCCCUGAAACCACCGGAGUGCGGAGACGAGCUGUCGACCCAGCCAGGUGACAGAGUGAGGUUACUACUGCUGCCGGAUGACAACCAAAGGCGGCAGCAACAGGAUAUACAUGGAUUCGCGGCCAAUUCACUUUUGGACGGCCUAACCACGGGCAAGUCGUCGGGCAUUACUGUACUCUUAAAUCACGAAGCUAGUUCUCUGGGAGACGAUGAUGUAGACUCAAGGCACAACGGGGCGGACAGCUGUGGGCUUAACUCCGGCUCAGAUAUAGACAGCAGCACUUUCGAUGACCUGAGCUCCGGGCCCCAACUUGGUGGCCACCGGGACUCCCUGAGCGACGGCAUGACCUUGGGGACGGAUGCUUCUAUCCUGAGCCCGGCGGUUGACAGUGCCAUGGAGGGCCUCGACCCGUUUGGGAGCUCAUCCGACGAACUGGAGCUGGACUGUACUUCAUCAAGCUUGGUCAUCGACUCCGUCGCCCAGCCGUUGGAGAGGCAUUCCGCAGACAGCGCUUCCACGGCUAAUAACAACAACGCAGUCAACAGCAGGCUUUGUGGGGGCGAACUGUCAAACUGUGUGGAGGAUGGAACCAACGGCAGAGCCAGCAGCGGCCACGAACGACUCAACGCCGGGAAGCUGCCCUGUAGCCGCGCCAGUAACUCUCUCACCAGGCCUUUGACAGGCAAUGCAGCUGUCAAGCAUGACCCGGCGUACCCUGGUCCUUUGCAGACCGACCGCGGUGAUUUCACCCCGACUCUUUAUGUGCAAAUGCACGGAGAAGCUGCGCGGAGGUUGGGUCAAGACGAAACGCCCCUCCAAAUUCAAAAUGACUACCUCUACAAACUGGGAUUUAAAGACCCUUGGAGGGUGCAAGACGAAGGCAUGGACACCGAAAUUGGCUGCUUGAUCCGUUUCUUUGCAGGGAAGCCUCACUGCGUGGAGGGCUCGGAGCGCGUGCAGCUGUCAGGGACCUACAACGUGCGCAAGGGGAAGAUGCAGCUGCCCGUCAACCGCUGGACCCGGCGCCAGGUCAUCCUCUGCGGCACCUGCCUCAUCGUGUCCUCCGUCAAGGACAGCCAGACCGGCAAGAUGCACGUCCUGCCCCUGAUCGGGGGGAAGGUGGAGGAGGUAAAGAAGCACAGUCACUGCCUGGCGUUCAGCUCCUCCGGGCCCCAGAGCCACACUUACUACAUCAGCUUCGACAGCUUCACGGAGCACCUGCGCUGGCAGCGCCAGGCAGCCAAGAUGGUGUCUCAGCGGAUCAGCUCUGUGGACCUGUCCUGCUGCAGUCUGGAGCAGCUGCCCCCUAACCUGUUCUCCAGCCAGGACCUGACGCACCUCAACCUCAAACAGAACUUCCUGUCCCCGAGCAGGGGCCUGUCCCAGCUGCAGAGGUUCUCCAAGCUGAGGAGCCUGAACCUGUCCAAUAACCACCUGGAAGAGUUCCCCGAGGCGGUGUGCGACAUCCCCACCCUGACCGAGGUCAACCUCUCCUGCAACUACCUGACCUGCGUGCCCAGCACCGUGGGGGCCAUGCAUAACCUGCAGAUCUUCCUCCUGGACGGGAACAGCCUGCAGACCCUGCCCCUGGAGCUGGGGGAGCUGCAGCAGCUGGGGUACCUGGGCCUGUCCUUCAACCAGUUCUCCCAGCUGCCACCCGUGCUCAGCCGGCUGGUUGCCAUGGAGAGGCUGUGCAUGGCGGGGAACAACCUGAGCGCCCUCAACCUGCAGGAGCUGUGCCACGUCAAGGCCCGACAGGUGGACCUCAGGCUGAAUAAGAUCAGCAUCGUGGUGGUGGAGGAGGCGGAGCUCCUGGGUCAUGUGACGCACCUGGACGUGCGGGAUAACGAGCUGCAGCAGCUGGACGCCUCCCUGCUCCCCCGGCUGGAGGUGCUGCGCUGCGACCGCAACCGCCUCACCUCCCUCUGCGCCUCCGGGGAGCUGCUGAAGGGCCUGUACGCCUCCUCCAACGAGCUCAGCCAGCUGGAGGUGUAUCCUGUUCCGGGCAACCUGACCUGCAUGGACGUCUCCAGGAACAGGCUGGAGACUCUGCCGGACUGGGUGUGUGAGAGCAAGAAGCUGGAGGUGCUGGACAUCAGCCACAACCACAUCACUGAGCUGCCUAUAGGGCUGUUCUGCAGCAGUAGUUUGCGGAAGCUGCUCCUGGGUCAUAACCAGCUGCGGAGACUUCCGGAAAGACUGGAGCGCAUGCAGAUGGAGGUGCUGGACAUUCAGCACAACCAGCUGCUGGAGCUGCCCUCCAACCUGUUCCUCAAAGCAGACAGCUUACGGUGCCUGAACGCUUCAGCCAAUAAGCUGGAGAGCCUGCCCCCCUCCAGCCUAUCAGACGACAGCCAGAGCAUCCUGCAGGAGCUCUACCUCACCAACAACCGCCUGACCGAAAAGUGUGUGCCCCUGCUCACCGGCCACGCCCACCUGCGGGUGCUGCACCUGGCCUACAACCACCUGCAGACCUUUCCUGCCAGUAAAAUGGCGAAGCUGGAGGAGCUGGAGGAGGUGGAUCUGAGUGGGAACCAGCUGAAGGCCAUCCCCACCACCAUCCUGAGCUGCCGGCGGAUGCACACGCUGGUGGCGCACUCCAACUGCAUCCAGGUGUUCCCCGAGGUCAUGCAGCUGCUGGAGAUGAAGUGUGUGGACCUGAGCUGUAAUGAGCUCAGUGAGGUGACUCUCCCGGAGAACCUGCCCCCCAAACUGCAGGAGCUGGACCUGACCGGUAACCCCCGCCUGUCCCUGGACCACAAGACCCUGGAGCUGCUCAAUAACAUUCGAUGUUUCCGGAUAGACCAGUCCUCCGCGUCCUUCUCCGUGACUGAGGGCCCCGGGGCCCCGGCGGUAUGGAGCCAUGGUUACACAGAGGCCUCUGGAGUGAAGAACAAGCUCUGCGUGGCGGCCCUGUCGGUGAAUAACUUCCGGGAGAGUCGCGAGGCGCUGUACGGGGUGUUUGACGGCGACAGGAACGUGGAGGUGCCCUACCUGCUGCAGUGUACCAUGAGUGACGUGCUGGCUGAGGAGCUGCACAAGACCAAGAGCGAGGAAGACUACAUGACCAACACCUUCCUCGUCAUGCAGAGGAAGCUGGGCACGGCGGGGCAGAAGCUGGGCGGCUCGGCGGCCCUGUGCCACAUUAAGCACGACCCCCUGGACCCGGGCGGCUGCUUCACCCUCACCGCCGCCAACGUGGGCAAGUGCCAGGCCAUCCUGUGCCGGGACGGCAAGCCCCUGCCCCUGUCCGUCACGCACAACGUGGGCCUGACCGAGGAGUACCACAGGGUGCGGCAGCACAAGGCCAUCGUCACAGAGGACAACAAAGUGAACGGAGUGACGGACUCCACGAGGAUCAUGGGAUACUCCUUCCUGUACCCGUCGGUGAUCCCGCGGCCGCACGUGCAGACGGUCACCCUCACCCCGCAGGACGAGUUCUUCAUCCUGGGCAGCCGGGGCCUGUGGGACAGCGUGACCCCCGAGGAGGCGGUGGAGGCGGUGCGGAACGUUCCGGACGCGCUGGCGGCCGCCAAGAAGCUGUGCACGCUGGCGCAGGGCUACGGCUGCAACGACAGCCUGAGCGCCGUGGUGGUGCAGCUGAGCGUGAGCGAGGACUGCUGCUGCUGCUGCUGCGAGCCGCCCAGCCCGGGGCCCUUCCCCUGCCCCGCCCUGCGCCCGGGGCCCUUCCCCUGCCCCGCCCCGCGCCCGGCCGAGGCGCUGCCCACGCCCUCGUCCUGCAGCGAGAUGAGCAGCGAGGUGUCCGCCUCCGAGAUGAGCAGCGAGGUGGGCUCCACCGCGUCGGACGACCCGCCGCAGGGCGGGCUCCUGACCCACGAGCCGGCCCCCGCGGGGCCCCCGGGGCCGCCGGAGCCGCCGGCGCGCUGCUGCGCGCUGCACGCCGUGUGCCUGGCCGGGGCCUUCCGCCGCCAGCUCUCCGGCGCCCUGUCCGACAACGGGCUGGACAGCGAGGACGAGGAGCCCAUCGCCGGCGUCUUCUCCAACGGCAGCCGGCUGGAGGUGGAGGCCGACAUCCACUGCCUGAGGGCCCGCGAGAUGGCCGCCCUCGCCCGCCUGUCCCUGGCCCCGGCCCCGGCCCCGGCCCCCGCCCCGCCCGAGACCGCCACCGACCCGGGGGCGGAGCCCGGCGCGGGCGAGCCCGAGGGGGGCGGGGCCAGGGGCGCGGGGGGCGGGGACUGCGGCCGGGGCAACACCGCCACCCUGGGCAGGCGCCGUGGCAACGGCUCGGUGGCCCCGCCCGAGAGGAGCCACAACCUGAUCGAGGUGGCGGCCGACGCCCCCGCCAAAAAGCCCGGCGGGUACUUCACGGCCCCGGCCCAGCCGGACCCCGACGACCAGUUCAUCAUCCCGCCCGAGCUGGAGGACGAGGUGAGGGAGCUGAUGAAGCAGCACCAGCAGCAGCAGAGAGCGCCCCCUGCUGACCCUCCCGCGGACUGCUACGACACGCCGCUCUGAGACUGCCUCUGUGGUGUAUACCUUAUUUUACAUAGUUAACAUUCCCCCUCCCGUCCCUGCUCCAUUCCCCACAAGUAAAUUACACUGCAAUGUCUUAUUUUAUUUUAUUUUAUUUUAUUUUAUGAGCUCAACACUAGUUUAAUGCAUUACUGCUUACACAAACAAAUUAAGGUUAAUAUAUUUUACAUUUUACCAUAUCAUUUUAUGACUUAUAAAGAUAUGCUGAAAAGCACUUUUUUUAAUGAAAAAUCUUUUAUUUCAAAUUAAUUGUAUGUCGGAUGGUACAUAUAAUACCAUGUUUAACUAUUAUAGGUAGAGAAGUUUAAUAUUUCUUCAGUAAAUCAUGGCUUUUGGCCUUUAAAAAGUCAUAGAAAUUUGUAGAAAUUUUGAAGACUAACUCCUAGGAGUUGCUUACUCAAUAAUGUGACUUAGUCACUGAAAUAUACUAAUCUUCUCUGAGAGAAAAGGUGAUUUUUUUUCAAUGAUUGACUGUAAAUAGGGUAAAUGUUGUAUAGUGAUGUUGGAUUGUCAGGAAGCAGAGAGAGUGCCUGGGUCACUGAAGACGUCUGGCAGUGUGUGGGAGAUCUGUGACUGGUCACCUGGAGGGUCAGAACACACACACACACACACACACACACA